AUGUUGGAUUUGUUACCAUCUCAUUACAAAUUCUUGUCUUUCCAGGGCCGGAGAGGGACGUUACUGUACUGUCUGGCUAGAGUCCUUCAGCUGUUUGACGAUGAGGAGAAGCGUGACGAGGCUACGGCGAUGCUGAAGGAGUCGGCGCGUUGCGGGAGCGUGCAGAGCUCGUAUCUGCUGUGGGAAAUGAACCGCGGGACGUCGGCGGACGACCCCGGCAGGUAUCUGCAGUGUAUGCGCAUGCUCAGGGACUACGCUGCCAAAGGAUGCUGGGAAGCUCAGCUGGCAUUUGCGAAGUCAUGUGGCACCGCAAACCCUCUGGGUCUGGAGUCGCGGGCCUGCGCUGAACUCAUGGCCCAGUUCUUCCACUCCGGACCGUCACCCCUGAGAUACCCACACAACCUGCAGGGACAGGACAUCACCACUAAGAGGUAUAUUCUGGUGGACUGGCUGGUGGAGGUGACCACCAUGAAGGACUUCUCCAGUCAGGUGCUGCACGUGACCAUCGGCUGUGUGGACCGCUAUCUGAGCCUGCACUCGGUGCCCAAGGCCCAGCUGCAGCUGCUGGGCAUCGCCUGCAUGGUGAUCAGCACACGAUACAUCAGCAAAGAGAUCCUGACCAUCCGCGAGGCCGUGUGGCUCACAGACAACACCUAUCAGUACGAGGACCUGGUGCGCAUGAUGGGGGAGGUCAUCUCCGUGCUGGACGGGAAGAUACGGACCCCCACAGUGCUGGAUUAUGGGGAGGUGCUGCAGUCUCUGCUGCCCAUGGAGCGGCGCAGCUCUCACCUCUUCAGCUACAUCUGUGAACUCUCUCUGCUCUGCUCGCCCCUCACCGUCCCGGGACCGGCCCGACUCGCCAGCGCCGUCCUGCUGCUCACCCGAGCGCUUCACAACUACGUUCCCGUGUGGCCCGUCCAGCUGGAGGAAAACACCAGUUUCUCCAAGCACGACCUGGUCUCCUGCACUUUAUUGCUCUACGUCAAGUGUUUCGGUCAGGAUGUGCCCAAAGACUACAGACAUGUGUCUCUGACCGGAGUCAAGCAGAGGUUUGAGGAUGACGUGUAUCAUCAGAUUAGCAGAGACGCGGUGAUGGGCUUUAAGGAGCUCUGUCAGGUGCUGGAGGUCCCAGAGGUGGAGCCGCAGGUGGAGGUGCCCAGCGCUAGCAGCCAGCUAACAGAGAUGCACACCUUCCUGUCCUCUCCUGUCAGCAACAGCAAGAGGUUAUCGGCUAUGGAGGUGCAGAUGGAGCCGGCGGUCGAGUGCGCGGACAAACAGACGCAUUGUUGCGUGCUCUCCAGCAAUGACGACAGCCUUUGUGAAGAGCCCACCGAGGCGGCGACGGGUGGGAGCGGCAGACCCUGGACACGCCACCUAUCCUCCUCCUCCUCCUCUUCUUCCUCGAGCACCUUUUGCACAGACCACCUCAGCUCGGGCUACUCGUCCAUCCAAAGCAUUCCCAGUCCGCCCGUCUCUUCCUCUCUGGUCUCUCCCCAAAAUCCCGCCGGUUUCUGUCUCCUGCUGCCGCCCGCGCAAAGGACUCUCCGACAGGUGAAGAGGAAAAACACGGCGGCGCACAGCGGAGGAGAGGCAGAGCAUGACGAGGGCGCAGCCAACGUGGCCUUUCUUAGCCUCUGAUUGAUUGACAGGAAGCUGUCGUCCCUUAACGCAUCACUUCCUGGCCGCCCGCCAGGAUCACUUUGGUUCACGGGUGCUGAUGGUCCUUAUCUCAGAGCAGCGAGAGUGAGAUAAAACGGCUGAAAUGUCAAUUUCUGAGCUUUAAAUACGAUUAGAAGAACAAAGGUCAUGUUUUUUCCUUCCCAUAAUGCAUUUGACUUCGGCUCCCGAUGGCGGGAGCGCCUUCGCCCGACUGUUGCUGUUGACAAGCAACGGGAUUAAUGCCUCAAAUGUGUUAAAAUCACUGGAACUGUCACUGUUUCUGAAGUCUUGUGUACAUUGUUACGUCUUCGAAUUUAAAAAGCAUACUGUUUACAUAAAAGGACUGAAAGUUUAUCAAAUAUGUUUUUUACGAAGUUACUUGCAGCUACGGAGAAAACCCACUCAGUCCAUGAAGUUUCAUGCUGACAAGUGCACUGCCUGAACAAAACUGGUUCGUUUACAUGGAUGUUUCUCGUCGCGUAUUUUGAUUAUUUAUCUGGAACUGGACUGAACGACUCAUGUUUUUAUAUUUGCGCAUUGCUUUGCGUUCGCCACAAAUCUUCUGCCAAAGUUCACUAUUAACUAUUUUCAUACUGUUUUUCUGCCUGAUGCCACUGAUGUUUUGACCUGUGAAACCUAUGGAAGCUUGUUUCCGACACGGAAUAAAAAAACUGCAACAUUAUUUCUCACAAUUCUGACCUGUUUUCAUCUCGCAGUUCUGACUUUUUCUCAGAAUUGAAGUAUUUUAAACGUUAUG